AUGUCAUCCAAAGCCAAGAAGCUGAACGCCCUCGCGGCGCUUAAGGCUAAGCGCGAUGGCCUUGCACCCACAAACGCUACCUCUGCAGACCUCUCAGAUGACGACGAUGCCAUCUAUGACCAAGUCUCCGAAGACGAGUAUCGAUCCAUCCUCCGAGGACGCAUCAUGGACAACGACUUUAUCGAAGACGAUGACGGCUCAGGUUACGUCGACCACGGUCAGGACGAGUGGGACGACCGAGUACGAGGAGAUGACGACGAGGACCAAGACACCGAAAAUGAACAGGAAUACUUUGAGCGUACAGGCAAGCGCAAGCCGAAGAAGGGUACCAAGGCACGUUCCAAGCUCAAAGGGGCUCAUGCCUCUUCUUCAGCAUACCAGAAGUCAAGCCUCACAGCCGCGUUCAGCAAGCAACGCAAGGCUGGUCCCAGCGGUCUUUCCAAUGACCUCGGCGCAAGUCGUGCUCGAGAUGCGCAGAGAUUGCGUUCGGCUGCACUCGACGCCUACCGUCCUUCCGUCAGCAAAGAGAAGGAGGACGACUUCAUGGCCAACCUCAUGGGUAACCUCGAUGAGUUUGGUGCUCAGGCUUCUACCUCGUCCCACGAUCCAGCAAGUCCCUCUCCCGCCAACCGUCUCUCAUCCUCACUUUCAAAAAAGCGCAAGCAAAACCAAGAGAGCGCCUUCUCUCGUUUCCGUGCUUCUGGUUCGAUGGGCGCCAGCAACGGCUUCACCAGCCCUUCCUCUGGUGCUCCAACCAGCGACUCUGCACACCCGUCCAGCGACAAUCCUGAGCCUCACGUACACGUCAGCGGCAGCGACACACCGCCUUGGGGUCCAAACCUUGGUUCCGACCCCAUCUUUGAACUUGAUGAUGACCUGCCCACAUCUAACAAGAAGCUUCGUGGUCCCAAAGGUCUGCCGAGUCGCAUUGGCAGUCUCGGUCUCGGCGACGCAGAUGCAGACGUCUUUAUCAGUCAUCCAUCCAAGCGAGCCGCUGGUUUGAGCAACGACGCUCUUGCCUUUAGUGAUGACGAAAACGAAGAUCUUGCAGUGCGACGUGUUGAGGUCGGCUCGUUGCCUGCCGAGUCGGUCUAUGCUCGCGGGCAGGCGUCUCGCACCAAGCCAGCUGCAACAGCUGCUCUGUCGACACCGCGACCGGCCAAGCUCGAAGCUGAUAACAAGACACCCUCGGCAUCCUCUUCUUCCGCUACCCCGAUUGCUGCGGUGAAGAAGCAGAACACGACUCCCGCCAGCCGAAGCAGCUGGCAAAAGGUGCACACUGAUCUAAUGAAGAAUGUCGAGCCAGCAACACCUACACCUGCUGCUGCCAACGGCGCGACCAAGAUCGCAACCGGGAACGCGACCCCUUCAGCAGGCAAAGUCAAGGCUUUUGAGCAAGACAAGUCGCUCUUCUUCUACUGGCUCGACUAUCUCGAGGGCGAGAACGGCGUCGUCUACCUCGUCGGCAAGGUCAAAGACAAGGAUUCGGGGCGCUACGUCUCCUGCUGCUUGACAGUGAACGGCAUCGAGCGAUGCAUCUUCCUCCUCCCCCGCAGCAAACUGUUUGAGAAUACUCACGAAACCGACCGCGUCGUCGGUGAAGACGAGAUCUAUGACGAGUUCGAAGACCUCUCUGCCAAGCACGGCAUCAAACGAUUCCUCUCCAAGUGGGUCACUCGCAAGUACGCCUUCGAGCAAGCCGGUGUCCCCGCCGAAUCUAACUAUAUGAAGAUUCGCUAUGGCUUUGACGAACCUCAACUCCCCUUUGACUUCAAAGGCCGAACCUUCAGCAAAGCUUUCGGCACCAACACCUCUCCGUUCGAGCUGCUGGUGGUCAAGCGUCGCAUCUUCGGUCCUAGCUGGCUCAAGAUCCAAAACGCAAGCAUUGCUGAAGGCUCAACACCCAUCUCGUGGUGUAAGAUGGAAGUCUCGAUCGACGAUCCUAAGGACAUCUCACCCAUUUCGGAUGCUGAUACGACUUCGCCGCGUGAGACUCCGCCUCUCACCGUCAUGUCGCUUGCUAUUCGCACGGUCGUCAACCAUAAGGAGAACAAGCAAGAGCUCGUCGCUGUCAGCGCGAGAACAUGGACCGAUCACCAGAUUGAAGAUCCCACUCCCCCGGAGCAGUUGCCUUGCUCGGUCUUUACUGCGGUUCGUCCACUCGGUAACAUGUUCCCUCCUGGAUUUGAAGCGGAAGCGCGCAAGGGAAAGAUCAAGAUCCACACACUCAAGUACGAGCGUAUGCUUCUCAACGCGCUUCUUGCUCAGAUUCACAAUGCCGAUCCGGACGUGAUCGUGGGGCACGAGUUCAACGGUGUAUCCCUCGACGUCCUCUUGCAUCGCAUGAAGGAUCUGCGUGCCGAGCAUUGGUCUCGCGUUGGUCGAUUCCGUCGACCUAAAUGGCCCAAGUUGAAGCAAGGGAUGAACUUGAAAAUUCUCGCUGGUCGACUCGUUUGCGAUCUUGCUUCGGACAACGGAAAGUCGAUGAUCACAUCCACCACCUGGUCUUUAACCGAAAUGUGCGGAACCCAUCUCAAGAUCCAACGUGAAGACAUCGACCCCGAAGAAACCGCUUCCUUCUUUGACUCGCUCGCCCCCUCACCCGAGCGGUUGCUAACAUUCGUACGCCACUGCGAAGUGGAUACGUUCUUCCAGAUGGCCAUCGCGGCCAAAGUUCAGAUCUUGCCCCUUACCAAGCAGCUGACCAAUCUGGCAGGUAAUAGUUGGAAUAAGACGCUGAACGGAGGUCGUGCAGAGCGAAACGAGUACAUUCUGCUCCACGAUUUCCAUCGUCAAAAGUACAUCUGCCCUGAUAAGAUCUCAGCUUGGGAGAAGAAACAGAUUCAGCAAGCGGCGGAACUCAAAGCCAAAGCCAAAGCUAAGAACGCAGGUGGCGUCAAUAAUGCUGCUGCAUCGGUGGUGUCAAGUAAGAAGGACAAGUUCAAAGGUGGUUUGGUGUUUGAACCCAAACGCGGGUUGUGGGACAAGUACAUCUUGGUGAUGGACUUUAACUCCCUUUACCCUUCGAUCAUUCAAGAGUUCAAUAUCGAUUUCACUACUGUUGAACGUCCGCCUACUCAAGGACUCGAGGACGAAGGCAUUUCCGCCUCCUCCACCGCCGCUGCUACUGGAGAGGAUGGAUCCGACAGCACUUUUCCUACCGCCGCCGCUGUAGAUGUGGACAAAAUCCCCGACAUCCCCUCGUCCGACGUCGACCAAGGCGUUCUUCCCCGCAUCAUCGCCCAACUCGUCGCCCGUCGUCGCCAAGUCAAAUCUCUCAUGAAAGACAAAUCCGCAACCGCAUCUCAACUUAUGCAGUGGAACAUCAAGCAGCUGGCUCUAAAACUCACCGCCAACUCGAUGUACGGUUGUCUCGGAUUCGAAAACUCCCGAUUCUACGCCCGUCCACUCGCCGCCCUCACCACGUUCAAAGGUCGUGAGAUCCUCACUGCCACCAAAGAUCUCGCCGAGUCGAUGCUGCUAGACGUGAUCUAUGGUGACACGGAUAGUGUGAUGAUCAACACCAAUGCUACCGAGUACAAAGAGGCGUUGAGGAUUGGGCAGGAGUUUAAGAAGAGCGUAAAUGAGAGAUAUAGGUUGUUGGAGAUCGAUAUUGAUGGUGUCUUCGAGAGGAUGUUGUUGCUGCAGAAGAAAAAGUAUGCGGCGGUGUUGGUGGAUGAAGAUGGAAAGAGGACGACAGAGAUCAAGGGUUUGGAUAUGAAGAGGAGAGAGUACUGCGCGUUGAGUAAGAACGUUUCGAACUAUGUGCUGGAUCAGAUUCUGUCGGGACAGCCGACAGAGAUUGUGGUGGAACAUAUUCACGAGUAUCUUUCAGCGAUGUCGACCAAGAUCAAGACCGGAGAAGUUGCGCUGGAUGACUUGAUUAUCUACAAGAGGCUGGGUAAGAAUCCGGAGGACUACCCAGACGUAAAGUCUCAACCGCACGUCCAGGUGGCGUUGAGGAUGAAACAACGUGGUGGUAGUGCAAGGAUGGGGGAUGUGAUUCCUUACAUCUUCUGUUUGGGUGAAGACGGUAGUUCGUCCAGUAAGACAGCUCAAGCCGAACGCGCACAUCAUCCAGACGAACUCAGGAGGAAGGAUAGCGAACUCAAGGUCGACUACGAACACUAUCUCGCCCUUCAACUCCUCCCACCUGUGGAAAGGUUGUGUGAGAGUAUCGAAGGUACCGACCGAUCGAGAUUGGCGGAAUGUUUGGGAUUGGAUCCUACCAAGUAUUCGCAUUCCACCACUUCCUCUGCUGGUGCUGGAGUAGGAGCGGGAGAGACAGAAUUCGCAACCCUCGACUCGCAAAUCCCUGACCAAGUCAGAUUCGCUCAAUGCGAACCACUUACUCUCACCUGCCCCUCCUGUCGCCAACGCUCCACCUUCCUUGGCCCUGCACACCGUCCCACCUCAACCACCCCCCGCAUCCUCACGGACGCUACCAACACUAAGGAAGAAACCCGCAACGCAAUCUCCACCAGCGGCAUCCGCUGCACAAACGCCACCUGUUCCCUUCCCCUCCCCCUCGCCACAGUCACUAUUCAACUCGAACUAUCCAUCCGCACCCACAUCUCCCGCUACUACGCCGGGUGGACGGAAUGUUCGGACCGCAACUGCGCCUCCCGAACACGUAUGGCUUCCGUCUACGCUAAACGUUGUCUCGCAGUACACGACUCGAAAUCAGCCGCCUUACUAGACGCAACUUCCAACACAGGCUCGCACCUCGCUUGUCGUGGAAGAGUAGAGCCUGUGUAUAAGGAUAAGCAGCUCUAUGACCAGUUGGUUUACCUCGAGAGUCUUUUCGAUGUGGGGAGGAUAAAAGAAAAGGUUGGCGGGGGAGGUGGAGGAGUGACAGCGAGUGCGAAGGUAUGGCAGGAUGAAGUAACAGCAGUAUUAGACGUGAAUAAGAGAGAACUAGAGACGUUGCAUAAGACGGUGGACAAGUAUCUGGCGAGAAAUGGUAGAAGGUAUGUAAAGUUGAGCGAGUUGUUUAGGUUUAUGAAGGUGUAA